AUGUCGCUGCAAGGACUUAAUGUGCUCAUUACUGGAGCCUCGAUGGGCAUUGGCGAGGCGAUUGCCAAUUCAGUAGCAGAACAGGGCGCCAAUUUGAUUCUGUUCGCACGGUCGGAAGACAAACUCCAAGUCCUCGCGAGCAGGAUCCAGGAACAACACCCAGGUGCCAAAAUCAUCAGCAAAGCAGUCGACAUCCAAUCUUACGAAGCAGUCGAGUCCGCGGUGGAAUCCAGCACCCAGGAGCUCAAUCCGAUCGACAUUCUCAUCAACAAUGCCGGCCUCGCUCUCGGCGCCCCCGCCCCCUUCCACGAGCUCAAGAUCGCCGAAAUCCUGACCAUGAACCGCACCAACAUCGACGGCUGGAUGUUCGUCACCCACGCCGUGCUGAACGCCUCCAUGAUCCCCCGCAAAGCCGGCACGAUCCUCAACAUCACCUCCGUCACGGGGCUGGAGGUCCCUCCCUUCUCCGGGGAGUGCGUCUACCACACUAACAAGGCCGCGCAGGAGGGGUUCACGAACGCGCUCCGCAAUGAACUGAGUGGCACGAACAUCCGAGUGCUGGCGCUGCGGCCGGGGUGUGUGGCCACGAAUUUCCACUCGCUGCGCGUGGGGCAUGAUAAGGAGAUGUACGAUCAGUUUUUCGAGGGGUAUCAGCCUUUGGUGUCGGAGGAUAUCGCACGCGCAGCCGUGUUUAUGUUGCAGCAGCCGGUGAAUGCGUCGGUUAAGGCGCUGGAUAUUGUUCCGUCUGCCCAACGGUCGCUGAAUGUGUUUGACCGGGAAUGGAAUCAGAGGAAUGCUUGA